UUGACAGACGAGUUUCUGUUUCAAGACAGUAAGAACCAUACUGUUUGUAUAAAUCCAACAAAAGGAACUUUAAACGAGAAACCUAUAAAAGAACUUCUUUUGAAAGCAGAUGUUGACAACAAAGCUGACAAAGAGUAUGUCAUUGAAAAAGUUCAAGAAGAACAUGACAGAGCAGAUGCAACAUAUGCAACGAAAGAACAUACUCAUCCUGAACUAGCAGACAAAACAUAUGUUGACAAUAAAAUGUCAAGUGAAGUGACAAGAGCUGAAAACGAAUAUUCUAAAAAGACUCAUACACAUACCAUUGCAAAUAUUACAAACUUACAAGAAACCUUAAACAAGAAAAGUGACGUUGGACAUACACACGAUUUCUUCGCAACUGUUGGUAUAGAAAAUAUUGCAGGAACGGUUGAAGAACCUGAUGGAACUGGUGGGGAUGUAUUAAAUUGGAAACCUCCUAACUUUCCACAAGGUUUAACAUCGGAUGAAGACAUAACGACGAUGAAAUACACUAGAUGUAGAAAUGUCUAUGUCAUGGAGGAUGAAAACAAU